AGAGAGACAGUCAUCCGUUUCAUCCCAUCAGAGAAGAGCAUAUACAGGACGCAUCUCGAGCACACCAAUCAUGACAAUGGGAAGGAAUCGGACAAAACAAAGUUAGGUUGUCAGACAGUCGGAUUGGGCGAUAACAAACCUCCCAGCAAUUCUACGGAGAGUCACUGGAGUUCGAACUUUAUCAGUGUGACUGGGGACUUCCAGAGCACGAGGAAGCACUCUGUCGUUUAAAAAGAAAAUAUAACCGACGCUGCUCGCGCAACGUCCGAAACGUACGGCAGCAACGAGGAUUUCUGGCUUAUUUUUGUACUGAUACAUUUGACUAUGAUACACAAUGACCUGUUCAAACUGAUAAGAGGAAGCUAGUCAGCUAGCGAGCUGGCUAACUAAACUAUCCGAAGGGGAAGUGGCAGUAGUCAUCGUUUAAGAGAUUCGUCAGUGUAGCUUCCGCCUAACACACCCACUUUCUGCCUGUUUGUUGUUCACAUUGGUUUCAGAUAGCCUGGGCUUCAAUCAUCUUCGACUCUACGCCGAAAGCAAAAGCAUGCCUUGGCUGAACAGAGCGUUUUGCCGUUGUUGUUAGCCAGCUAGCGAGGCGAAUGUUCUCUCCAGCUUCCAUAUUACAGUCUCGCUAGCCCGCCGCAACUGUAGUCGGCCUGAAGACAUAGCAGCGUGGACGUUAUCACUCGUGCUGUUGUCACUCAUUAACGACAGACCGCUACCCUGACGGUUUACUUCUAUGCAGUUGCUUCAUCUGGCUUAGGAGGAAAUUAGGAAGCAUUCAGCUAACGUUACGCCUUUCUGCGUCCCUCGAGCACUGAAGUGCCUGGCGCAUCUCGGGAGAGCAAAUCUCUCAGCAUGCUGGACAAAAGAGCGGAGAUGAACAGAUUGGAUUUUUAAGCGUCUUUAGCGUGUUUGGAACUGUCCAUUUGGGGAAGGCGGGAACAAAAGAGGCAAGAAUGAAGAAGUUUUCGCGUAUGCCGAAGUCAGAGAGCGGAAGUCUCGGGGGUGGGUCUGGAUCUGGUACUGGAAGCAGCAACUACAUCGGGAAGGUGUUUGCUGUCGGUAGAUACCAAGUGACGGUGGAAGAGCUGAUCGCUGAAGGAGGUUUCUCCAUGGUGUUUCUGGCCCGCACACACAGUGGAGUAAGAUGUGCCCUGAAAAGGAUGUAUGUAAACAAUGUCCACGAUCUGAACAUAUUCAAGCGGGAGAUCACAAUCAUGAAAGAGUUGUCGGGUCACAAGAACAUCGUGCAGUAUCUGGAUUCAACCACUAAUGCGGUUGGAGACAGUGUUUGGGAGGUUCUGAUUCUGAUGGAGUAUUGCAAGGCUGGUCAGGUGGUGAAGCAGAUGAACCAACGGCUGCAUGUAGGAUUCACAGAAGCGGAGGUGCUCAACAUAUUCUGUGAUGCCUGUGAAGCUGUUGCAAGACUCCACCAGUGUAAAACUCCAAUCAUCCACAGGGACCUUAAGGUAGAAAACCUCCUCCUAAAUGACCAGGGAAACUAUGUCUUGUGUGACUUUGGAAGUGCCACACACAAAGUUCUUCUUCCACAUAAAGAUGGAAUCACUGCAGUGGAGGAUGAAAUAAAGAAGUACACGACUCUGUCAUAUCGUGCCCCAGAGAUGAUUAACUUGUACCAAGGGAAAGCCAUCACCACAAAGGCUGAUAUCUGGGCACUUGGAUGCUUGUUGUACAAGCUGUGUUUCUUCACACUUCCAUUUGGGGAGAGUCAAGUUGCCAUAUGUGACGGAACCUUUGCUGUUCCGGACGGUUCAAAAUUCUCCUCGAAGUUGCACUGUUUAAUCCGAUACAUGUUAGAGCCUGAUCAAGAAAAGAGACCUGACAUCUAUCAGGUUUCUUACUUUGCCUUUCGGUUAGCUGGAAAAGAGUGUCCAGUGCCAAAUCUUUUUAACUCUCCCUUUCCCACCUCAUUGCCAGAGCCCUUUACUGCUAGUGAUAUUGCUGCUAAAAAGAGCCUGACAAAAGCCAGAAUAACCGAUUCAGUUGGACCAACAGAAACAUCAAUCGCACCCAGGCAAAGACCCAAAGCUGCAAAUAGUAAUGUUUUGCCUUUGCCCAGCUCUGUAACUCCUGUGAAAAUGACUGUAUCCUCAGGUACGGUUAGCAAUGGCCAGAAAGCUUCUGGAAACGGGCAGCAGGCGGCUGCGCAGAUGCCGAACAGCAGUCAGCAGAACAGAGUGUUACAGCAGCUGCAGCCCGGAGACCUUCGACUGCAACAGCUACAUCAUCAUCAACAACAACAACAACAGCAGCACAAUAUACACCAUCAACAGCAAGUCACUGCACAGCAGCUGCAGUACAUGCAGCAGUAUCAUCAGGCCAUGCAACAGAGCCUUCAGAUGCAGCAGCAGCAGCAUAUGCUUCAGCAGCAGAUGAUGAUUCAGCAGCCCAUAUAUCAACCCCAGCCGCAACAGCAGGCUCACUACACUGCCCUGAUGCAUCAGUACCAGCAGGCCUUUGUUCAGCAGCAGCAGCAGCAGCAAUGUGCUCCAGUCCAACAGGUGCCCUAUGUCUCCCCUCUGGAGUUCCAGACCCCAGUGGGCUCCUAUAAACCUGCAGGACCUUCUCCAGUAGAGACCCCCUUCGCUAACAUCAGUAGAAACCCAGUGUCGAGUGUGGACGUCAUGAGCCCUCCUCCCCAGACUAUCAAUAGCCCUCCUGAUAUGUCUGCUUGGAACCCAUUUGGAGAAGACAAUUUCUCCAAACUCACUGAAGAGGAGCUUCUUGACCGAGAGUUCGACCUUCUAAGAGCAAAAAAGCCGGUAGAGCGAUCUGUCAGCAUGGAGGCCAGGAGCACAGACAGACAGCAGCCGUUACUGCAGCCCUCUCUCCCUGAGGAUCCGUUUGGCUCCGUGCCCUUCCUGUCCAACGCAGCAGGAGCUGGUGUGCUGACAGCAGACUGUCCUGUUGAGAAGCCCAGUGUUGCUGUGACUGACACAACCCUGCCAUCGUUCAAAGAAAACAAAUCUGCAAAGAAAUCUAGCUCAACUAGUUCACUGCCUCAGAAAGCAGGCGAGGAGUCAGACAGUGAUUUUGAGUCUGACCCGCCCUCUCCCAAAAGCAGUGAAGAUGAAGAGGUGGAAGAGGAGGAAGGUCUCAACAGUGAACACGAAGACACCGAACCUGAGAACCUGGGUCAGAGGCCAUUACUCAUGGACUCUGAGGAAGAGAUAGAGGAAGAGGAGGACAAGCACAGCUCAGACUCCGAUUGCGACUCUAGGAAAGCAAAACUUGGGCUGUCAGAUGAAAAAGCUGUGGUUUUUCCUCCGAGGACUGUGAAAGCUGAAUCUGGAGCCAGUGUGAUCACUCCUCCCAAUUCGCCAAGCAUCGCCAUGCCUGUCACGAGCAUUGUGGAUGUGUUUGGUGCUGUUCCUUUUGUUGGCAGUGGUCAGCCCAGAGUGUCACCAGAGAGCUCAGAUAUUUUUGCCAAAGCCCCUUUUAGGCAGGCUGGCCAGGAGAACGUUGCAGAAGACACUGAUGUAUUCACCAAAGCUCCUUUCAACAGAAACAUCUCCAGGUCCAGCAGGAGUAGUGAUGGACCCAGCGGCCAGACGCCACCCAUUUCUCCUGACUGUGUGGAUGUAUUCGGAUUCUCGCCCUUCCAACCUGGCCAAGUAAUACCCACUUCUAUGAGUCAAGAGGAUGUUUUUGGCACAGCACCUUUCGACGAAGCAGCCAGUCCCCAGCAACAGAGGCAGAAGCAGCGCAGUCUUCAGAAACUCUCCUUGCGGCAAAGGCGCACCAAGCAGGAGGCCAGUGGAGGCAAUGGGAGGCGACACCACAGCACGCCUACCAGCGGCAGGAAGAGCAACAAACCCAGUUUCCGUACCCCUGAACGGGUGCGAAGGCACAAGAAAGUGGGCAGGCGGGACUCGCAGAGCAGCAACGAGUUCCUCAGCGCGUCCGACUCCAAAGAGAACAUCAGUAUUUCCCUUGGCGAGGUGAUGGAAAAAGGAGCUGCUUUACCCCCGGAGGAGGUCUUGUUGGAUCCGUUUGGAGCCAAGCCUUUUCAUCCACAAGAUGGCAGUCGACACGGUCAGCACCAGAGCUUGGGCGACAACAAAUGUGAGAUCAAUUCGACCAACGGCAGGCCGAGAACCAGCUCCCUACACAGUGUGUUUGACGGGAACAAGAUCGAUGACUUUGGAGCAGUACCUUUCACAGAACUGGUGGUCCAAAGCGGAGCUCCGCAAACCCCACCAAUGGAUCUCGACCCUUUUGGAGCCGCACCUUUCCCCUCAAAGCAGUGAAUGUCUUGUCUUCCGGCACACACACACCUACACUGCUACAUUAUGCAAAGUCCAAGCAGCCUUCUGAAAUGUCUUUAAUGGAUGGCAGAUUUGUGCUGUGAUCUCUGUUUAUGUGCAGCCUAUUGGGACAUAGACCUUUAAAACUAAAUAACAUUCAACUUUUGUAGUUUUUCAAGUAUUUUAAUACCUAACUGGACAGCUAAAGCACCUCUUUUCCUUUUGGUGACUUAAACUUGUGGUUGGUGGAUGCUUUCAAAUAGGCUUCUGAAGAAUAUUCUUUAGCCUUUACAUGCUAGAAAGCCUUCUGUGUUGCAUUUCAAUAAGCGCUCUGCUCAGUAAAAAAAAAAAAAAAAAAAAAAAAGAACAGUUGAAAUGUGUGUAUAAUCCUUUGUUUUAAUAGGAUUAAGAGGAAAUUACCAAUGUAGAAACAGCAUUUUGAUUAAGUUUUUACACCUUUGUUGACCACUGAGUUGGUACAACUCUUAUCUACCAACAUGAAACACCAUAAAGCCUUAUCUGGGUAUUCCCCACCCUGUUUAACAGUACCUCGAAUACACAAUGGCUGUAGUAGCCCGUUUGUGAGUGUAGGCCUUCUCCAUUUUAAUGUCAUUCACAUAGACAAUUUUAUGCAUAUUUUUACAUUUUGUAAGAACGUUACAAUGUCUAUAUACAUGAAAAGGGACUUAGCAUUCUCUUUAGUAAACCGGCCACACAAGAGAAGUUAAACUUGCAGUUUAUUAGACAAUGUUGUAACUCGCAUAGAAAUAGUUCACCAACCUGAACUUAACAUAUUUGAUGUUAUCAAGUGAUUGCGUGCUCCACUACAUCUGUAACCUACAAUCAUGAACAAUUAGUUCUUAUGGAAAGGGAAAAGAAUUCAAGAACGAGCUCAUUGCAAUUUUGCGUAUUUAUAUACCAGUCACUUAUUUUGAAGCAAAUUUUUAAAUUAAAUUUUAGUCAUGAAGAGUAUAGCAAUUUUACAUUUACUGAGUAUCUGCAGUUGGAACAUUCAAGACCAAAAAAAGCUUUUUUCAAACAUUGCAAGAUUCUUUUUUAUUAUGUAGUGCUAGACUAACAAUGCAAUAAAAGAUUUUUUUGGA